AUGACGCGCAGCCAGACGAGGCCCGCCGCGAUGCCACCAACGUCCACCUCGCCGUCGCCGGGGGACCUAGUGGCGCUCUCCGCCCGGUGCUCCACGAAGCGCGACCUCCGCCUCAUCCACGGCGCCCUCCUGCGCCGCCGCCACCUCCUCCCCGCCGCGGACGCCGUCGCGGCGCUCGCCAAGCUCCUCCGGUUCGCCGCCGUCUCCCCCGCCGGCGACCUCCGCCAAGCAGCCGUGAUCCUCUCCACCCACCUCCCGUUCAUUACCUCGGCCUCCACCCACCCCGCCUUCUUCUAUAACACCCUCAUGCGCGGCCUCGCCGCCUCCUCCUCGCCCGCCGACGCCAUCGGGCUCUUCGCCGCGAUGCGCCGCGCGGGCGCCGCGCCCGACGCCUUCACCUUCACCUUCGUCCUCAAGUCCUGCUCCCGCUGCCCCUCGGGCCGGCGCUUACCUUCCGACCUCCACGCCCAGGCGAUCAGGCACGGCUGCCUCGGCGAGCUCGCCGCGCACACGCACGUGCACAAUGCGCUGCUUCACGCCUACGCGUGCCGGGCGGCCGUCGACGAUGCGUGCAGGGUGUUUGAAGAAAUUCCGGCUCGGGACGUGAUCUCCUUCUCGGGGCUGCUCACUGCGCAUCUCAAAGCCAAUGAUCUGGACGCUGCCCGCCUCGUGUUCGACAAGAUGCCUCACCGGGAUGUCGUUUCUUGGACUGCGAUGAUUUCAGCAUAUGCCAAGGCUUGCCGGCCGCAGGAGGCCUUGGCAUUGUUUGAUGCCAUGCCAAUGCAGCCAGACGAGGUGACCAUGGUGAGUAUUGUGUCGGCGUGCACCACACUCGGGGAUCUUGCAACUGGGGAGCGUGUGCGGAGGCACAUUGAUUCCCUUGGUUUUGGAUGGAUGAUGUCACUUCGCAAUGCACUCAUGGACAUGUAUGCUAAGUGUGGUUCCCUCCCUGAAGCUCGAGCUUUGUUUGAUGGGAUGACGGUGAGGAGCUUGGCAUCUUGGAAUACGCUGAUCUCGGCAUAUGCAUCACAUGGCGAUCUGGAUAACACGAUUGCUGUGUUCUAUCAGAUGCUGGCAGAAGGAAACACUGUGAAGCCGGAUGGGGUCACGUUUCUCGCAGUGCUUAUGGCGUACGCAUACAAUGGCUGUGUUGAGGAGGGGCGAGCCAUGUUCAAUGCGAUGCAACAAGGCGGCUAUGGCAAAGUGGAACUAACAGUCGAGCACUACGGGUGUGUGGUGGACAUGCUUGGCCGGGCAGGGAAACUCGAGGAGGCAUACCAAAUGAUUGAGCAAAUGCCAAUUCCAAGCAAUGCUGUGAUCUGGGGUGCGCUACUUGGUGCUUGUCGGACUCAUGGGGAUAUUGACAUGGCAGAGCGGGCUGUGCAGGAACUAAGGAACCUAAAACCAGAGGAGGGUGGGUACUACAUUUUGCUCAGUGAUAUGUACACUUCUGCUGGUCGGAUAGCAGAGGCCACAGAGAUUAGACGUGCCAUGAAUGAGAGGGGGGUCCAGAAGACUACAGGCCGGAGCACUGCCUUUCUGCCUCAGCUUUAGUUUACCAUUAUCUGGUUAUCCUUAAGAUCACAAUUUACAAUCACAAGCAUUUUAUGCUAGCCAGAUGGUGCAUACCAAUCUAUCUUCUCUUCACACCAGACAAGCCUAUUGAUUGGUCACAUUUGUCUCAGUCUUCUUACCAAGGUGUGAUGGUUGAUAUCGAUGGUGCAAGGCUGCUGGCAAUUAUCGCUCGGUAAUCAAAAUGCCUGUGCUGAUAGACUAGUUGAGUUGAGUCAGGUGAUGGUACAUAGACAAUGGCAACACCAAAGCCAGUUUCAGUAUUUAUGUACCAGUCCAUACUUGAUGCUUACACACAAAGAAGUGACAUUUGCGUUACUGGACCUUGAAGGCCUGAACUUCUUUAAAACCAACCCCUUCAACAUCUUAGUCUUGACUACCAGGUGCACACAGUCAUUAGGAUUGCCUCUGGCUGUCUGGCAUGGGCUAGAAACAAGUGUGUAUUUCGAAGACCAGUAUCAUCUCACCUUGUGCGGCUCACUAAUAAAUGUGGCUGCCAGAAGGUGAUGGAAUCAUCUAAUGAACUUCAAGUGAUUAUACCUUGUGGGCUCUAGCGAUAGUUACUUCAACGAACUUCAAAAUUGUUUUGGAGGAAGAGAAGAGAAAGAUUGACGGAUCACCGCAUACAGCCUGCUAGGUGGCACAGCUGGGACGAACCCGAUGAUGAAAAACACUAUUUUUCUGAGUUGCAAGAGCCUUGACUGUAAGGUGCGCUUGUUCAGGAUCCAGCAUGUUGAACUGAAUAAAUUGGUGCAAAGAAUUGGCCGGUGACUAAGUUGUACUGCCCCUUGAACGAACUUUAAUUGGCUCAUGCAUCAGGAGUGUAUGACUCAUUUACAAGAUGGGAACAGAAGGAGCAGCUUCAGCAAAGUAUGCUAUCUGGUCCAGCAGAUGAACUAAACUGAAGAAUGCAGGCCACUGAAAUUUUGAACCUCUGCCUUGGUCCAGUAGAUGUGCAAACGAGGACCAGAAACAAAUCCUGAUUGACUGGGGGAUCAUGCUGUCCCAGCUAGAUAUAGCAUAGUUUUUUCUUCUUCCUCUAUCGCUCUGACAUUCUUGUAAAUACUCUCUGUUAAACCAAAAUUAAUAAAAUGAGUUCAGGCUGGCUUUGCCCGCCGUAG